UCACCUCAGCACCCUCAGAGUCAUCCGGCACAGCAACUGCUCCCGGCUACCUAUUAGUACCACCCGACGUCUUCGGCAUCUUCUCACCACGCUUCCUCUUCCUCACAAGCACUCCGCCUAGCUACUCGACCUCCCGCGUCGUCCUCACACAGCCACUAUCAACAUCCAUACGCUCCUCCACCUACCACCCCCCUGAGCACCAUCAUGUCCGCCGACCAGAACACCUUCUCCACCGCCGACCUCCGCAGCAGCGCUAUCGAAUACAACCGUAGCAAGGGACAGAGGGUGAAGUGGGCUCACGGCCAGGCCCUCGGUCCAGGCCGACGGGCAGAAGACAACCACGCCCGACCAGCUCGCAUGCCAGUCUACGCGAAGCCAAAGGACAUGGGCCCCGGAGACCCGCGCCAGAAGGCCCGCGUAGCCGUCAAGAACGACAUCAACUACGCCAGCGGCGACUCCUCCGCCGAUGAGGGCUCCGUGGACGAGGCAUCUGCAGCUCCUGUGCCAGAUGCCGAGAUCACAUACUCGUAUGACGCUGCUCGCGGCCCCAGCCAGGGUAGCCAGAUCUUGGGCCUAGCUCUUGCAAAGGCCAUCGAGCGGUUUGAGGUCCGCGAGACGGACAAGUUGAUCAAGGAGGAGUACGAUGUCCUGGAUGUCGCCGAGGCUGCUACUCCCGCACCGAAGGUCAACAAGGACGGUGUGGAGGAGGAGGACUACGAGUUCGUCUAAGCCGCGCUUCCGGUGGCGUUCUCGU